AGGGCCCAUACGUUUACACGUCCAAUAUCAAUUCGGAGUGAGACGCUGACGAGUACGCCGAGGUCGCUGAAUCGGCGAGCAACCUAGCGGGGGAGGGAAUGAGCUAGACGAUCGGCAAGCUCAGGGAGACUGCUUGUGGAAAUGGUAAUUUGAACAAGGGAUUCUCGGUUAUAUUGACUGAUUGCUCGGAGAUACAGUCAUGUCUGCAAAUAACAACCCUCAGAAGAAUGUUGGGGCUUCAUCCCCUUUUGGAAAUCCUUUACCUGGGAAUCCAUCUGCUCAGCAACAGUAUGGAUCCGGAUUUCAGGGUCAAUUUCCAUUUUCUGAGGCUCAGGCUCAGGCUCAGGCUCAGGCACAAGCCCUUGCUCAGGCUCAGUCAAAAGCUCAGGCGCAAGCUCAUGCCCGUGCUCAAAUGUUGGCUCAUGCACAACUGCAAGCCCAGUUACAGGCUGCUCAGGGUCUUUCAUUCAACCAGGGUCAUUCAGGAGGUCUUCCAAAUUUGAUGGGUUCGCAAUCCCCCUCAAUUUCAGGAGCUGGAAGUGUGGGCGCAAAACGUUUUCCUCAAAAACCACCUCUGCACCAACCAAGCUUUUCGCCGUCCAACACUGCCUCUCCACUGAGGACAGCAGUUGAUGCUUCAGCUGCUGCCAGGAGGAAGAAGCAGAAGCUUCCUGAGAAGCAUUUACACGAAAAAGUUGCGGCUAUCUUACCUGAGUCUGCUCUUUAUACUCAGCUCCUUGAAUUUGAGUCUCAAGUGGAUUCUGCUUUGACCAGGAAGAAAAUUGAUAUCCAAGAAGCUUUAAAGAUGCCUUCAUACAUUCAGAAAACACUCCGUAUAUAUGUUUUUAAUACUUUCGCUAAUCAGAUUCGCACCAUGCCGAAGAAACCUAAUGCUGAGCCACCAACAUGGACUCUUAAAAUUGUAGGUAGGAUUUUGGAGGAGGGAAUGGACCCUGAACAGGCUGCCUUGAUGCAGAAGUCAAGUGCUUCAUACCCUAAGUUUUCUACAUUUUUCAGAAGAGUUACUAUAACCUUGGACCAAAAGGUAUAUCCUGAUAACCAUUUGAUUAUAUGGGAUAGUGCUCGGUCGCCUGCUCCUCAUGAGGGUUUUGAGGUCAAAAGGAAAGGGGACCAAGAAUUUACUGCUAGCAUAAGAUUAGAAAUGAAUUAUACACCGGAGAAGUUUAAGCUUUCCCCCGCGUUGAUGGAGCUUUUAGGUAUUGAGGUUGAUACCCGUGCCAGAAUCAUGACUGCAAUAUGGCAAUAUGUCAAGGCUCGAAAAUUGCAGUGUCCAGAUGAUCCAUCUUCCUUCUUCUGUGAUCCACCCCUUCAGAAGGUGUUUGGGGAAAACAAAAUUAAGUUCACAGCAGUCACACAAAGAAUUACACCACACCUGUUCCAUGCACAGCCUAUCCAUUUAGAACAUAGGAUAAAACUUUCCGGUAACAGUCCGGUUGGUACUGCAUGCUAUGAUGUAUUAGUUGAUGUGCCCUUUCCUAUACAGAGAGAGCUGAAUGCUUUGUUAGCCAAUACUGAAAAGACUAAGGAGAUUGAUUCCUGCGAUGAAGCAAUCUGCCUUGCAAUAAGAAAGAUCCAUGAGCACCGCCGUAGAAGGGCAUUCUUUCUUGGAUUUAGCCAGUCACCAGUAGAGUUUAUUAAUGCCCUGAUUGAUUCUCAGAACAAGGAUCUGAAGCUUGUCACUGGAGAAGCAAGCCGCAGUGCAGAAAAAGAGCGGCAUUCCGAGUUCUUCAACCAGCCUUGGGUUGAAGAUGCUGUCAUUCGCUACCUUAACCGAAAGUUGCCGGGGGAUACUCCUGGCAACACAUGAAUUGACACGAGCAAUAUAACUGAGAGGUAAAUGGGAAAAUAACAGCGUCGACGUAUCUACAAGUGUAUCCUUUGCAAGGAGCAAUGUUGUUUGUAUUCACACGAGCCGAAGAACAGGAAGCAGUUGUUGUGUGCGGAUUCUUUCAGUUUUGGCUGUUCCACAAUGCCAAUGCAAUUUUAUUACCUACUUAAGGGACUCCAUUAGGGUUGGUGGUUGUAGUGUAUGUAGUGUGCUGCUGUGUUGUUUUGUUUGUGUCAUGAAAUUUGUACAAUCAGCCUGGUUUUGGUUGGUGAUGUAUGAAAUUAAUGUUGCUGCAACUGCCUGCCUGCCUGUAUUCAUAUCUUAAAGCUUUGUAUGAACCUUUGAUGCUUCUCCAUGGAACAUACUUCAGUCUCAUCCAUGGCUUCUUAUA